AUGCUAUACCCAACCUCACUCCUCCGCUGGCUCCAGCGCAAGCGGUACCAAUACGAAGUCACAUUCUCCCUGUACAUGUUGACGUCAACCGAGAAGUUUAUUCUGAAUUCCCUCCUCUUCCUCCUCCUCUCGCUCUUCAUAAUAGCCGCCUCGCUCUACCUCCCCGAGCACAUCGCCUUCAUGGCGAACCGCAUGUUCUACUACUUCUCGGGCGACUCGUCGCACUUUACCUCGCAAGCAGCGCCGAAGCACGAGUUCGCGACGGCCGCAGUCACACAAUUGCUUAGUAACAACGAGGCGUUACGAGGAGGGCCGGCGGCGGGACAUGGGCAUGAGUUGUAG